AUGCAGGCCCUCGCAGAAGCCGCCCUUCCGGGAACCGCUGCCGACGGGAAACUCGUCGAUAAUGCCGGUCUCGUCGCCCUCUUCUCCGGCCACGACCACGGUGACACCUGGUGCUACCUCUGGGAUGAGACGCUUCCCACAAUGGAUUUCCCGGGUAACGGUCUCAACCUCUGUUUCGGACAGCACUCUGGCCAUGGCGGCUACGGCAGUUGGAUCCGUGGUGCCCGUCAGGUCCGCGUCAGCGAGACUGCCCUUCGUGAUGCCGCCCGUAGCUACGUCCGCCCUGCUGUCGAUACCUGGAUCCGCCUCGAGUCCGGCGACGUUGUUGGCUCCGUAUCGCUCAAUUCGACCUAUGGAACCGACGUGUACCCUUCCACUCCCAACACCCACACAUAG